CUCUCUGGAGAAUGGCUGUUUAGUUCUGUGACUGUUCCCUUCAUCGCACUAUUCACUGUUCAGCCAUUGUGUGUGCCACCGAGACACAACACACCACUUGAUCGGAUCAAGCUGCCGCACUUCACAGUGUUCGACUUCGAAAACCACUUGAUCGCAAGCAGACGCUCAACAGCCUUGGACCACUCCUUAAUAUCCCCGGUACACAGUGUCUUGUCACGUUUCAGUCACACCACAAUGCCGCCAAAGCGCAAGAACAAAGCAACAAAGGCUUUCCACAGCUCACCGGCCAAAGCAACACCGGCCGAGCUAGCGUCUUCUAAGCGACGAAACUCAGUUCAAGGAGGAAAGACUUCGCGUCUGGCACCAUCGAUUGCGCUCCACAUGACAACCCGUCGUGCUGCAAAGACAGCAUCUGUUCAGACGAGCUCGGGCGCGCCUUCAAUUGCGAGCUCAACCAGCCGUCGCAGUUCUUUAAAUGACCUCGCGCAAAUCCAGGAUGCGCAUUCAGACGUCGACGAGGAUGAAAGACCAGCGAAGCGCACCCGACUUUCGACCGAUUCUGGUUCGCCCCAGCCAUCUGCACCAUCAAUGGUUGACCACGCUUCCGCAGUGAAUGCGGCGGAUGCGUCGCAGACGCCUGAAUUGCAAGCCGCAGACCAACUGCCCAUUGAAGAUGCCGCCGGCGUAGCUGGCAAAAAACGCCGCGCCUCAGAUGCUUCUUCGCAAUCGGCCAGUGCCCGCCCAAAUGGUGUUCUUACACGCACCCAGAGCGACGUUUCCGAGCUGCAGCCUCGUAGAAAGAAGCGCAAAACAACACAGACCCCUGCUGAUGCCGCCGACCUACCCCCCGAACUAACAGAUGCCUCGACUGCACCCAAUUCACCAGAGCAGAUGGCAGAAGUCGACAGUAGCCAGAAUUUGCAUCAUGUUCUGCCAGGUAAUGGCGAUGCGCCUACCAAACUAGGAAAGCGAAUGCCUGGGCGUCGACGCGCACCGCAUUCGGACAUCAAUGUCGAGACGGAUUUGCGCCGCCAGCUUAAUUUGAAGAUGAGCUAUCGCAGUCUCGCCAAGGUUCAAAAACUCAUCUUGGAGGAACUUUCUAACCGUUCGCUUCGAAAUCUGGAAAAGGAACCAGAGUACUAUAAGCAGGUUCCCGAGUACGAACCCCUUAUGGCCGGCCUCGACCAGCGCAAAGAAAGUCGACUUGCUCAGCUGAAUGCUUUGAGGGGAGAGAAACUUGACCAGCUCGAGCGUGUUCGUAUUGCGACCGAGCAGAUUGAGCGAGAGAAAUAUAUUCAACGCUUCAAAGAUCUUCAAGAAGACCUCUUGCUUCAAUGCUACUACCGAAUGAAGCAGAUUGACAGGGAAGCGAAAGGUCGCGAAGCAGCUGCUACCGAUGACGAAGAUAAUCUAGUAGCCGUUACUUAUAUGAAAUUCCCUACCACCACAGGUGACGAUCGACUUGAGUCCAAAUAUGCCUCUCGUAGCCGAGCAUAUGUCGAUACUGAAGCAAUGCUUGAUGAAGAUAUGCUCCGAAAACGCCUCGACCAAGUAAGAUCGGACUUUGUUGCUAGAAAUGAAGAUGCCGAUGACAAGAUUGAGGAUCUUCCGUUCGCAACUUACAACGGUCGAGACCGGACGGAAGCAGUGGCUCAUUGGAACGUCAUGAGUCUGCUAAAUGCUGCCAAAGAUGUCGAAAAUGCCCCACCGCAACCCCCGCCACCUGCAGUCAUUCCAAACGAACAAGCCGACGCAUUAUUCUUACUUGCUUCUUUAUCAACAGAGGCAUCUCGAGGACCCCUUCCGCAGAUCAAGAAGCAACCUCAGGAUGAGCCUAGCCCGGCCACGCUACCUCGCCAAUCCUCUCCGAUGGAACCAUUGCCGUCCACAGAAGAGCAACCUCUGCCGGACACUGCUACAGGCCAAAAGUCUGUAGAUCAGCCAAUGGUGCAAGACGCUCCUCAAAAGGACCCAUUGCGUACAGAGGCCAUCGCCGUGCAACAACCCACGAUUGACCAGCCAGUCGCAAAGUCCGAAGCUCCUGCGCGUUCGACACAUCGUAUCAUGGAUAUGUUGAAUGACGAGGCGGAGUCGCCGGUCACAAGGCAUCAUGAAUCUCAUUCAACUGUUUUUGAACCGCCCCCUCCAAAUGCACCUCUUGAGAACGGAAGAGAUACCCCUUCGCAUAGAUAUGAUCCUCCCCAGACGUACCCGGAGCUGCCAAAGGUGUUCUCAAGAGUACCAACCGAUUCAGGAUCUUGGUCUUCAGCCACUCGGACCACACCGAGCUGGAAUCCACGUUAUGCGAAGAGCAUGAGCGAAGAGGCUUUACGAAAGAGAGACCCUAUGAAAUCCAUACGUGCCAUGCUGGAUGCAAAGGCUAUUUCUGAAGGAAGGAUACCUUCCAGCUCGAGGCCCGAUAAAAUGGAGAACAACCACCUGCCGUCUACGGAGCGUGACCGGAUGCGUGAUACUACAGCUCCGCUUGCUCGGCCGUAUACUGCCACGGACUCGACUGAACAUUCCGAACACCAUGGCCAAGAUGUCAAUAAAGGACCAUCAUCAUCAUAUACUGCAUCUCCACAGGCUCCACCUCUUUCCUAUAACCAGUCACCCAGAGUAGCACCAUCCUAUCCACCUCCUCGUUCAGGGUCUCAAGAAAUAUCUUCCUCGCAUUGGGCGCGCGAUAGGCGUAUGAGUGGAUCGCAGGCACCUCGACCUCCUUCAGCGUCACCAUAUGCAGCGAGCCCGCCCCAGCCGUAUCAUGCAGAACCAAGUCAAGCUGCUUCAUCGCACCCUCCUCAACACAGUCGCUACACACCGACUACAACAACGCAACUUCCAUCGAUCAGCGCAUCCAUCCCACAAAAGUCAUCAGGACCACCACCCAACAAUCCAAUCAACUUCCGCUUUGCACAUUACGAUCCUGCGCCGUCCCAAAGAUCGUCGUAUCCUUCGCCCUCCGCAGCAGCCUAUGCUCCAGUGCAGCGCCCAUCUCAUCACGCGCCUCCCCCGCCUUACACACCGGCCAUUAACCCCCCACCUCAAUAUCAUGGAGGCUACAUACCUCCACCAGGCAGUUUCCAGGCGCCUCCCCCUCCGCCCACGGCCCUGUCGCCCUACCCGCCACUCAAAAUUCAUCAAUAUGGCGGCCAACCCAUUCUCCCCGCCAACAUGGCCCCUCCCCCACCCGCACAUUCGCAACCUCCACCCAUGGCAUUCGCAUCACAGACCGCAUAUCCCCCCUCUCACCCCCAAACCUCUCAUCGCCGAACACCGUCGUACGAACAAGCUCCAAGUGUGCCUCGCGAAGCUGCCUCUGAACGUCCUGCCGAAGGUUCGUCACGCCAACGUAGGCAGUACAGGAGCUACCAUACCCCGGGUACACAAUUCAGAAACUAUUCGGGGCCAGACUCGGGGCGUCGUCGUGGUGGAUAGACAUGUCAACACCUCGAUCCUCUUUAGUCACUGCGCUCCUCCCUCAAUCAGUCCAAACUUAUCUUUGUAAUCUACAACCUCCUUUUCCUCUUCAACCCGUUAUUGCCUUUCUUUUUCUUUUGCUCUGGAUCUCUCUCAAGACUUUGGUCUUGUUUCGGCCGCCUGUGUAUAGCUCUCGUUGC